GCAAAUCAUACGGUACUCGAGGAGAGACACUGUAGAGACUGGAUUUGGCUCAAUUAAAUGCUCUCGUAACUAGAGGCCCACCAUGAACUUGACCAAAAAAUAACCAUUCGAUUGGGGGUAACAAAAACCACUGGGUGUGGUAUGGGUAACGAUCGCAGGUGCCCAAGUACACGCUGGAGGUACAGUUAAUGAUGAGGUCACUCAACUCUCACCUCUGAGAGCUAGACGGAUACCCUGUCCAGUAUUGCCUUCAUGAUUGAACAAUGUCGCUUAGGAUGCUGACCAAACUACCUCGUGCACGGAACAACGCCCAGCCGAUGUAUUAUAUUAACCUCAGUUGACGAAUUAACUCUGCGAAUGAGCUCGUCUCAUUGCGCAAUAUGCGCAAGAUGGCGGCCUCCAUGGAUCGAGAGAAUGACACGGUAAUUGUUGUUCUCACGGAAAACGCCCAGAAAAUGAGACAUUAUCUGGAAGUGGACGGGUUCUGGGAUUCCCGUAGACGGCUACAGAGGCUCAACAGGAAUGUCAUUGCUAUUCCUGUGAGUGGAAGCGUCUCAUCUGCCAUUGAGAGAGAAACUCUGAAGGAAGCUGAGCUGUUCGAAUACCACAGUAAGAUCUUGGCAUCAGGGCGUUAUCAUGAUCUUCCAUGCCAUCUUGUGUCUGUCUACCUCCCCACAUCAAAAAAACAGCUUGCAGUCUCUCCACAUCAAAGACUGGUCAAUGCACUGAGGGCAAAGUUUGAGGAGUUGGACAUUCCCUUUCCAGAAGAGGUGCAGGAAGAGAUUCCAGAUGGGUGGGAGAAGCACGAAGAUCUAAUUUUACUUCCUCGGUCAAGUUUGUGUUCCUUUAAAUGGGAACGAUGCCCCAACCUCUGGCAAGAAGUAGCCACGGCUCUGGGAGGCCAAAGGGUUGCGAGGAAAGGUCGCGUCAGGCAGGACGAAUUUAGAAGUCCAAGGGUGGAGCUGUUGCUAGGCAACCAUGGGUGGGUGGAGCACAGAGACAAUGGCCUCAGAUACACAUACGACGUGAGACACUGCAUGUUCUCGAUCGGAAACAUCACUGAGAAAAUCAGAGUGGCGGGACUGCACUGCAAGGGGGAAACAGUGGUCGACCUGUAUGCUGGAAUUGGAUAUUUCACCCUGCCAUAUUUGGUCCACGCCAAGGCUUCCUUAGUCCACGCCUGUGAGUGGAACCCAAAUGCCGUGACCGCACUGAAGAAGAACCUGGCACUAAACGGCGUACAGGACAGAUGCAUCGUCCAUGAAGGAGACAAUAGAGAGGUUUGCCCUAGGGGCGUGGCAGACCGUGUCAAUCUGGGGCUGAUCCCCUCCUCUGAAGUAGGUUGGCCUGUCGCCUGUGCCGCCCUCAAACCCAGCAGCGGUGGGGUUCUCCAUGUCCAUGGCAACGUCACGUCACCUGCAAAGACGCGGACCACGGGCUCCGUAUCCCUCGGAGUACAGGCCAUUGAUUUGGCGGCAAAGGAGGGUGGGACAUCUCCGUGUACUUCUGGUACAAGAACAGCAAGUGUGGUGUCACCACCACUUGCUGGAAUCAGAACAGCAGAUCCAGGUUGCCCAGCUGAAGAUGUCAGCAGUGGUAACCCUCACCAGAAGGGUGCAAUUGGUGAUAGAAUCGGGCCAUGCGUUUUACUUCCAGAUCUUAAUGCCGGCAAUUCUGAUAGUGGCUUCACCAUUGAUUCAGCUGGCUGCAGUUUCGGAGACAGUGUUGAGCUUGCCGAACCAAAUGCUGCAGGACAUGAAGAACUGAUGGAUCAGCUUCAUCAAUUGAGAAAGGAUGUCAAAUGUCCUGCAGAUUAUUGGGAAAGUGAGAAAACGUUCACAAACAGGUCCCGUGUUGAUUCAGAGUCCGGCCGUAAAGACUACUGGAGCAGCUGGGCUCGUGCAACCGCUCGGAAGAUUCAGGAGCUCCUGGUUGAUAUUCAGGGCAGUAGAUGGACCACCCACGUGAUGCACAUCGAGCACGUCAAGUCUUACGCGCCCCGUGUGGAUCACAUCGUGGCCGAUAUCAGGUGCCUACCAGUGGCACAUAGUAGUGAUGAGGUCUGAUCUGUGCUAACCCUAAUGCGACAGCUCCUUGUUCUUACGUUACAUGUAGCAACCAAGAAUGUUGUCUACUUUUUCCAGGAAACUGAAGAGAAUUUUUCCAGCUGAGGAGACGCCAGCAUUUAUUGCAUGUUUCAAAAGCACACAUUUUUGAUCAGGUGAAAGUUGCAUGACAGUACAAGAGACAUGAUUUUCAAUUAAUUGAAACUCGGAGUACACAAGCACUUGUAUUGGUUGUAGUUUAUUGGAAUCCAAUUUCUCUCCCUCAUAAAUUUAUUCAACAAAUACUAAAUCGCCUUCACCCACAGUGCUGUGAAAAACAAAAACAGCUUCUCCUGCCA